AGGACAUUACCUAUCUUUUGAGGAAUGAAGAAACAUAUAAAAUCCAGAAAGAAAGCGAAACACCAAGACAGAAGGUAUUGGUAACAAAUUAUGAUGUUCCAUCUUCAGCUUUAGAUAUUCUUAGGAGACAUUUUGAUAUCGUGAUAACAGAAAGGAAACCAAGAGCUACUAAACAAGACAUCAUGGACAAAGUCGCUGAUGUAGACGCCAUCUUUUGGGCUAUUCAUCAGCCAUUGGACGAAGAGAUUUUAAAUGCGGCAGGACCAAAAUUGAAAAUUAUAGUAACAAUGAACGCAGGCACCGAUCAUAUUGAUUUAGAAGCUGUAAGAAAACGUAAUAUUAAAUUAGCAAACACACCAAAACUCCUGAAUAAGGCGGUUGCAGAUGUGGCUAUUCUUUUAACAUUGGCUGCAUCUAGACGAUUGCAAGAAGGCAGAAUGCAUAUUGAAAAGGGUAUAUGGAGUGGGGUUGGUGUUCAGUAUUUGCUAGGGACGGACUUGGAAAAUUCAACCGUUGGUAUUGUUGGACUUGGAGGAAUUGGACAAGCCAUUGCCAAAAGGUUGAAGGCUUUUGACAUUGGCAGACUUCUGUACUCGGGCCACCGUGAAAAAUCGGAAGGAAAACAAUUAGGCGCAGAAUUUGUAUCAUUCAAGACACUUCUUCGAGAAAGUGACUUCGUCAUUGUAGCGGCACCUUUAACUGACGAAACAAGGCAUAUGUUCAAUAGGACUACAUUUUCUUUGAUGAAAAACAGUUCUGUGUUCGUAAAUAUUGCGAGAGGUCUUAUUGUAGACCAAGAUGCUUUAAUAGAGGCCUUGAAGGAUGGUACCAUUUUUGCCGCUGGGUUAGACGUUAUGGUUCCGGAACCGUUACCCACAGAUAGUGAACUGUUAAAACUUCCAAACUGUGUAUUAACUCCCCACAUUGGCAGUGCCACAAUUAGUGUCCGCAAGCAGUUGGCAGAAUUAGCAGCGGACAAUAUUAUUCUUGGUCUUCAGGGGAAACCCCUAUUAACGCCCGUUUUUUAAUUAUCAUAUACAAUCAACUAUCUGUAAUAAGUGGUGAAGUAGAUGCUAAAUUUUAAUUGCAAAUAAAGGCUUUA